AGAGGGAGGGAGCACAGUUUGGCUUAUUGGACUCGUCCUAAAUACAGACGGGUCCAAAAACCAGAAGAUAGACCUGACCUCUGACCUCCUCUCUUUCACUGAUGCCAUCUACACCCAGGCAAAGACCAGUGAAGUGUAUGAAGAGGGAAUGACUGUAUCAGCCAAAUACAUGCAGAGGGAGAACCUUUGCUGGAAGAUGCCUGAUGGUUCACGGAAAAAGGUUUUCAGCCCAAAACCACAGCCUGCAGUGAGCCACCAGAUCUCUGCGCCAGCAAAAAUCACAGCAUCUGUUAUUUUGAAAACCCUCACCCGGAUACGUUUAUUUUCGUUUCCGGGUUGAGCAAGGCUGCUUGUAGUCACGUUGCCGGAGCCUAAACACAGUUUCCAGACGGUUUCACGCAGGAGUCGGUGCCAUUUGGCGAUGUGGUGGUGGUGUUGGUGAAGGUGAUAGUGAAGAGGCUCAGAGAGACACAGACAUGAAGAACAGAGGUGGAGGCUGGCUGGACAGUCGGCUCAGACAGAGAGUGGAGCAGUAUCUGGCGUCCAGCAACAGUCAGUAUGUGGACCUUUCAGCCAUGGCCCUGGAACUUCAAAAACUAUACAGGAUGGAGUAUGGCAGAAGAAACAAGACAGCAUUCAGGAUUCAAGUAGAGAAAGUGUAUGAAGCCAUCAUGAAGGAGUCUGGGCUCAAUGAUCUGGAGAGCAAACACUUGGCUAAGAGAGCCAAGCACAGCCACAAUGACCAUGGUGAAGACAGCAGCAGCUCAGAGGAGUCCUCUGACUCUGAUGACCACAUUCUGGAGAACACGCCCACCAACCACAUGAACAACUCUCUUACAUCUCUGUACCGGAAGGGAAACCCUGACUCUGGUACCUGCUCACCCAGAAGAGAUCAGCCUGCGGCCAACGUUCCUGUCAGCACAGCCGGCCCCCUUCACAGCUCGGGGACACAGGUUUCCACAGGAGGCUGGUUCAUUGACAGAGGGAGAGGCCCCGAGAAGAGCAACAUCCUCAUCGACCUGUGUGAUGAGGAGCCAGCUGAUACAGCAACAAAUCAGACAGAUGUGUCCAUGCUGGAGCCUGAGAAGUCCCACAGAAAGUCUAAAAAAAGGACAAAGAGGUCCACUGAAACAGCUGAGACUGGCACCCUCAUCAAGAAAGCAAAGUCAAAGUCACCGGAGCUGCAGUAUCCCACUCUGAGGUUUGAAGACGUAGGAGGUAAUGAGGACACACUGACGGAAGUGUGUAAGCUGCUGAUCCACAUGCGACACCCAGAGGUGUACCAGCAACUGGGGAUGGUUCCUCCGAGGGGCUUCCUCCUCCAUGGACCUCCUGGCUGUGGAAAGACCCUGCUGGCCCAGGCUGUGGCUGGAGAGCUGCAGCUGCCCAUGCUGAAGGUAUCUGCCCCGGAGCUGGUGUCUGGAGUGUCGGGGGAGUCUGAACAGAAGCUCAGGGAGCUGUUUGAAUUGGCUGUGAGCUCUGCUCCGUGUAUCCUGUUCAUAGAUGAGAUAGAUGCCAUCACCCCUAAGAGAGAGGUAGCCUCUAAAGACAUGGAGAGGAGGAUUGUAGCCCAGCUGCUGACCUGCAUGGACGACUUGAACAGCCUGACCGUGACAGCUCAGGUCCUGGUCAUCGGUGCCACCAACAGGCCAGACUCCCUGGACCCCGCCCUCCGCAGAGCUGGACGCUUCGACAGAGAGAUCUGCCUGGGUAUUCCCGAUGAAGCAGCUCGGCUCAGGAUCUUGAAGACGUUGUGUCGAAAGCUGAAGUUGCCAGAGGACUUUGACUACCAGCAGCUGGCCCGUCUCACCCCAGGCUACGUGGGCGCUGACCUCAUGGCCCUGUGCCGUGAAGCUGCCAUGACUGCCGUGAACAGGGUGCUGCUGGAAAUAAGAGGAUGCCCACAGAGCCAGAGCCAAAGCUCUGCUAAAGACCCGUCGGAAAGCGGAGUUCAGACUGAGGCUGCUGUGACAGAGGGAGAGGUCAGAGAAGAAGAACGGACAACAGACGUCAACCCGGUUUCUCAAGAAGAGUCAGGACAGAGUCACCUGCAGCAGGGGGAGCUGUGGCACCUCCUGCAUCUACUGAAGAACGCCGAGACGCUGUCAGAGGAAGAGCUGGCCGGCCUGUCCAUCCUCAUGUCAGACUUUCAGGCCUCCCUGGCCAGCGUGCAGCCCUCAGCCAAGAGGGAGGGCUUCGCCACCGUGCCUGACGUCACCUGGGAGGAUGUGGGAGCGCUGCAGGACAUCAGAGAGGAGCUCACCAUGGCCAUACUGGCUCCGGUGCGUUCUCCAGAACAGUUCAGAGCUCUGGGGCUCAGUGCUCCAUCUGGAGUGCUGCUGGCUGGACCUCCAGGAUGUGGAAAGACACUGCUUGCCAAGGCAGUGGCAAACGAGUCGGGCCUCAACUUCAUCUCUGUCAAGGGACCAGAGCUGCUCAACAUGUAUGUGGGGGAGAGCGAGCGAGCUGUCAGGCAGGUCUUCCAGAGGGGACGCAACUCAGCUCCAUGUGUCAUCUUCUUCGAUGAGAUCGAUGCUCUGUGUCCUCGCCGCUCAGGCCAUGAGUCAGGAGCCAGCGUGCGGGUGGUCAACCAGCUGCUCACAGAGAUGGACGGCUUAGAGACUCGACGACAGGUCUUCAUCAUGGCCGCAACCAACAGGCCAGAUAUCAUUGACCCCGCCAUACUGAGGCCGGGCCGUCUUGAUAAAACUCUGUAUGUGGGUCUGCCACCUCCAGCAGAUCGCCAUGCCAUCCUGCUCACUAUUACUAAGGGGGGGACCAAACCUCGGCUGGAGCCAGAUGUCAGUCUGGAGGAGAUCGCCUGCGAUGAGCGCUGUGAUUGCUUCACUGGAGCUGACCUGACUGCGUUAGUGAGGGAAGCAUCUGUUAACGCCCUGAGGGCCUACCUCAAGUCCCACAAUGCCCCAGCUUCUUCUUCUGGUCAGGUGGACUCCUCUGGCUCCGUCGCCGACAUCAGAGUCAGCAAACAGAACUUUGAGGAUGCCUUCAAGAAGGUUCGUCCAUCUGUGUCCAAAAAGGACCAGAGGACGUACGAGCAGCUCAGAGAAUCCCUCAGCAGAUAAUGUUCAAGACCAGAACCACCGACCCCCUCCAGCACCAGUUCACCUUUUACUACUUGAUAAUUAAAUGUCACAUAUGUAUAUACAUUUUUAUUACGGCUGAAUCGUGAUACUGGCUCCUGUGUUUAUAAUAAAAAGUGUAUGUGGAAACGUCACACGCCUCUGACCUGUACUCUGAUCAAAGACUUAGCUCUAAUCAAAUGAACAGAUCAGCUACUGUUGUGUCUGCCCUCACCUCGACCUCAGUAAACUCUGUAGUGUAUAUACUCACUGCAUUUUAUUGCUGUUCUUUAUCAUACACUUACCAGGGAGAUUGUUUCUGCUCAGUUUCUGCUGGGGCUCUCUGGUGGAGCAUGUAACAGCUGUACAGAAGGAUUCUUAUUUCUUCAAUGUCCCAACAGAUGCAGGCAGAUGUUUCGGCAUCACAUCUGUGAGUAUCUAAAACAUGUCUGUCUGACUGGGACCAGAGUCUGGAACCUACAAGCCUCUGUCACCAUUGUGAUGCAGUUUCACUUCACAGUGCAGGAAAAAGUUCAGGUGUUACUGACAAUAUUAAUGAGGUGUAAGUCAGUGACCCAGCAUGCACUGCACCUGGACCCUGGUAUACAAACUGAAUGCAGGCUGCUGGCUGUUAGAGUGUGUGUGUGUGUAUGUGUGUGUGUGGGAGAGGUGUGUCCUCACAGCUUAAACUCACACUAACCAGCACCAGAUGUUGUUUACAUUAUAUAGGAGCUUGAAAACCCUGCUAAUUACAGCUAAUAUGAGUGACUAAUAGAAAGGCCCACUCAGUGAUUGUGUUGAUGAGUGGAUGCCAGGGGCGGGCUGGGGUUGAAAUUCA